AUGGCAGCCCAUGGCUACUACGACAGUGGAUAUGGCAACCACCCACCUACAUACGACCAGACCUAUCCGCCGAUAGAUCCCUUUAGUCGACGAUCACCAGCGCCCGAGUACUCCGGCGCCAGUGUGAAUCCGUAUACCGCGCCCGACUCCGAUCCGAACCACCUCCGCUACAGCCAACAGUCACUCAGCUCGGAUCAAGGACCCUAUGUGGCUGGUGGGAGACUGAACGACCAUGAUCAAUAUGCAGAGAAUAUCCCCUUGAAGGAAAACAACCAGUAUACGAACGGCCCUCCGCCGGCGGGGUGGAUGCACCAGCCGACGCAAUAUCCGCCGCCUGAGAUGAUUGAACCGCCAGCUGGUCGAGCAGGGCGCAAAAAGAAGAGAAUGGGGAUGUUCAAGAAGAAGAUUCCGUGGGUGACAUACCUACUCACGUUGGUCCAGGUCGUGGUUUUUAUCGUGGAGUUGGUGAAAAGCGCGCAACUGACCGGUUCGCCGAUUCAGACGAAGCCUCAGAUUAAUCCGAUGAUCGGUCCGUCAGCAUAUCUUCAGAUCAGCAUGGGUUCGCGGUACACACCGUGUAUGAAAAACGUCAAUUUAGUGCAGAAUUCCCCGAUUGAGUUCAAGAUGCCCUGCCCAAACACCACGACAAACGAGGUGCAGUGCACGUUGUCCGAGUUAUGCGGCUUCAGUGGGGUUCCGAACCCAAAACUAAAUGGAUCUCUCGAGGACGAGCCUCAACCCAACCAAUGGUACCGGUUUAUCAUCCCCAUGUUCCUUCACAGUGGAUUUGUGCACAUCGGCUUCAACUUGCUGGUGCAAAUGACCAUGGGAGUCGAUAUGGAGAGAAUGAUCGGAUGGUGGAGAUAUAGUUUGGUGUACGUGGCCAGCGGGAUCUGGGGCUUUGUACUCGGUGGCAACUAUUCGGCGCCGUUCAUGAGCUCUUGUGGUUGCUCUGGGGCACUCUUCGGUAUCCUUGCGCUCUUCGUCUUGGAUCUGCUGUACACGUGGAACGAGCGGCAAUCCCCGUGGGUGGAACUCAUCGUCAUGGUGCUCGGGGUGGCUGUUUCUUUCGUCCUAGGCUUGCUCCCCGGACUCGAUAACUUCUCCCACAUUGGGGGCUUUGUGAUGGGUCUGGCCCUAGGGCUGUGUAUCAUGAGAUCCCCCAACGCUCUCCGUGAGCGCAUCGGGCUCGCUCGCAAUCCAUAUGUGGCCAUGAGUGGUGGUGCUGGCUCGGUACCGGCUGGGGAGAACAAACCCACGGCCAGUGGCACUAGCUUCGCCACCUUCUUCAAGGGCAAACAGAGCGGUUCAUCGUCCGAACACUUCAGUCCUUUGCACUUCUUCAAGGGCCGGAAGCCUUUGUGGUGGGGAUGGUGGUUGGUGCGGGCAGGAGCUCUGGUAGCCGUUCUGAUAGGGUUUAUCUUUCUAAUUGUGGACUUUUACAAGUAUCAUUCGUCGACUUGUUCAUGGUGCAAUCGACUCAGCUGCCUGCCAGUAAAUGGGUGGUGCGAACAGGGCAUGAAGCCUUUUGAAAUCAAAAACACGACUACGACUCAUAAUAACUAG